AUGUUUGUUAUUACUAUGCGUGAUAAUCACGGACGUUACGAUGUUCUUGAUGUUGAUGCAGAUUAUAAUUUAAGUUCUAUAAGAAGACAUAUUUACGUAAAACAUAUAAAUAAUUUUAACGAUCAAUUUGUGAGCCAGGUUGUUCCUGAUGUCAUAGAAAAAAAAGAGAAAAAAAAUGUUUCGAGUGACCUUUUGGCAUCUGCUUGGCUUGUAUAUUGGCCCAUUGAAGAAUCCAGGCGUAGAUACUCGUAUAAUUACUUUAUCAUGAGUCUUCAAGCAGUUUCCAUUAAUGUAUGGCGUGGGAAGUAUUAGUAAACUUUUUACUACACAGAAACUACAGGAGAAAGAGACACAUGAUUUUCUUGUAUAAUUAUCAUUUAAUAACGAAAUGAGAUGCAUUUUUCGCAAUUUACGUUGCUUGGGAACAUUAUUGUUUGAAAAUUCCAAGAAGAAUGAUUAAGGUCGAUGAAGACGAAAAUGUGAUCUGUUGUCGUAACGAGGGAAAUCGGACAUCUCUAAGUAUAGCUCGUAUUUGCAUGCAGAUCAGGGACGGAUGGUAUCGGGUUGCCAAAGCUAAUACAACGUAUGAAGUCCACAAGGGUUCCUGGAGUCGUCGGCGAAUCGGCAGCUGGUGAUUCAAAACGUAGCCUUGCACGUGGGUACGUGUCUUACCGUUCACGCGCGACGGACAUCCCCCUUCUUGUUUCUCCUCUCUUCGAAGGAGGUCGACAUGUCCACUCAGUUCGUUCCAGAUGUGUACUGCAACCGAAGUCAUGCGAUAUAUUGCCCUUGAGAUCACAAGGUAGAGAGGCAAAAGAAAGCGAGUAUGAAGAUGAAGAAAUGCGCGUGUCUUCUCUUUGAGAAGGAGUUAAAGAAGAAACGGAGGAGAGGUAAACGAGAUCUGGCGGCGGCUGGUGCAGCGGAUGUUUGAAGCUGCUGAAAGUGAGGCGGUGGUUCCUUACUCGUUCUUUCUUCGUCUUUCCUGCUGCGUUUCCUUCAUCAGUUAGCCACGAUCGCGGUAAAACACGGUCCGCGGAGGAAGCAGCACCUCGGCGGAUGUGAUGUUUAGGACAUGGCCCGGACAAAAAACUCUUUCUGUAUAAAUAGAUAAUGGUCCUAAUGAAGCUGAAAAUGCAUUGGUAACAUGAUCACUGUAAAGAACCGCAACACUUGUUGGCCUGUUUCCACUUGAGUUUCGGAAGCCAAAUAUCUUCUGACCUGCAACCUGCUGGGUCAAAAGAAUACGAUUCUCUUUGCUAGUGGUUUGAGUCACGUUAUGGUAACAGAAAAGACAAUGGUAAAGCUCUACAAAUUAAUAGUUUCAAGUUGAUUUCUUUAGUACACAUAGUGCUACUAAAAACGAUUAUUAUCAAUGGGAGAAAUAUAAUACAAAUAUGACAUAAAGUGUAAAUAUUUCUAGAAUGUGAGUGCUGAUAAAUAUUAUCAUAUGAUAAUUUACAAUUAGUGAAACUCGACGCAUGAAUUAAGUCAGAUAUGCUCGACACGUGGUUGUCGAUAUUCCAGGCUCCUGCCGAGAAGCACA